UAUGUGUUAAAGGUGUCUCAUCUUCCCCCACCCUACUAUAUAACACGCCGGUUUAAUUUCAUGCAUUUCCUCCUGCCUGUAGUUGGUUGUUUUCUUUUGUAUCCGCAAAGUUUAAAAACGACUGUUAUGUUUCUUGCUUGAUAACUCACCGCGGGCCUAUACAACAGUGGCAGUAACGAGCCUCUCUAUAUACAGUAUCCUCUAUUUUCGAUGCUAGCCCGUAACGUUCGCACUGUUCUAGGCAAUGUCAACUGGUAUCAUUUGUUACAGUACUGGCAUGAUCGUUUCAAGGAAAAUAAUGAUUGGCAGCGGCACUGCGAAAAGAAGAGAACAUUCCUAGCAGUCAAGAGAGAGAUUCCGCAAACCUUAUGUCGAAAUCAGUAACUCCGGACUUAGCACGGGUCUAUAUAAAUCGUUUCAGGAGCCAGUAACAUUUAACUGUUUACCGUAACUCUUAAGAUGAAGGUUGCUUGCAUUUUAGCUAUUUGCGUUGUCUAUGCCGAAGCCGCCUAUCUACGUCCUCUGAAUUUUAAUCAUCGUACAAAGCCUAUUGCUAGUGUACCUAGUGGAGUUUUUUCUAUAACUUCAACUGGAGGAAGCGGCAGGCUUACUGGUGGCGGCGGAAGUGGCACGCUUUAUGCAGGCGGAAGCGGCAGGCUUACUGGUGGCGGCGGAAGCGGCACGCUUAAUGCAGGCGGAAGCGGCAGGCUAACUGGUGGCGGCGGAAGUGGCACGCUUGGCGGUCUAACCUUCAACAUUGGUGGUACUGGAGGCGGAAGCGGCAGGCUAACUGGCGGCGGCGGUAGUGGCAGGCUAACUGGUGGCGGCAGGCUAACAGGUGGCGGCAGGCUAACUGGUGGCGGCGGAAGCGGCACGCUUAAUGGAGGCGGAAGCGGCAGGCUUAGUAUUGCCACCAGCGGUGGUCUGGGCGGACACGGUUGUACUUGUUCUUCCGGUCCAACCCCAAGUCCAACUCCGAUUCCAACUCCAAGUCCAACCCCGACUCCAGCUCCAAGUGGAGGAUGGAGAUGGAACAACAAAAGACUUCAAGCUGCCCUUGCUGACGAAAUAAUGAACAGCAACUUUGAAGAUCUUCUCCAAUAAAUCUUCUUGCGAUUUCAUUUAGCAAGAAAGGAACAGCAAGUACUUGUAAAACGAAUGCAAUGUAUUGCCUGAUUGCUGUUAAAAUUUUGGAGAGUAAAAUAAAUUUAAUAUACCAAA